AUGCCUUGCCUUGUGGAGGACGCUUGGAUCAAUGGCCAGGCAACGACUCACGAUGUCUCCGAGCUCGAGGAUUGCGCGAUCGCCGUCGAUGCGACAUACUACCUCCAACUCUUUCUCGACACCCCCCCUUUCCACGAACCGCUUCUGCCCGCCCUCGGUGGCAUGACUGGCAUCGAACACCAUCUUCGAGCCGAUAUCGACCAAUGGAAGGCCCACAAGAUCGUUCCCUUCUUCGUCUUCGACGGCCAGUCCGUAACUGGCCAGGAGGAAGUUGCUGUUCAGCGCGGAAGGGCCGCCAAUCAGAAGACGGAUGCUGCCUGGAACUUGUACUUCAACAGCGAGGCUCAGCAGGCUGUCGAUUCUUUUGGUGCCAACAGUGGCGCCUACCGCAUCCAGAAUCUCUACCCAUUGUUAAAGUCGAUUCUGAAGGAUAACGAUCUUCACUUCCUUGUCCCUCCAUACAACGCAUCAGCUCAGCUUGCCUACUUCGACAUGAUCGACUCAGACCAAUGUGCUGCCGUCAUGGGUUCGCAGGAGCUGCUUCUGUACCCGAUCAAGGACACACUGAUCCGCACAAUAGAUUGGGAGGCGAAGACCGUGACGUCGCUUUCCAAAAGGAACCUCCUUCGGUCGCUGAAUAUUAGCGAAGGCAUGCUCGGCGACGCCCUCCUUAUGACGGGGACCUCAUUUCUGCCACCCUUCCCCCCACUCCAGGACACAUCGCUUAACCCGCGCCAGCCGUUCACGAUAAACGACGCUGUGAAUCUGCUCAGAGCAUCAGAAAAAUCUGUACAGUCGGCCUGCAGCUCCUAUGGCGAUAUCCUCAAGAAGCAAGACGCCAACUGGUUGGAUAAGUACAGACAAGCCAAAAUGGCGGUCAAUCACUUCAUCUACAUUGCCGAGGAUGGCGAGAUCAAAGUUAACGAUUUCGACCACAUCACAAGAGACAACCACGAGUAUCUCGGACUGCAGCUGCCCGGAGAACUGUUUCACUAUCUCAAUACUGGUCUAAUUGGCUCUCGUGUUCUCGAUUAUAUAACACAUAGUCGAAUCGUCGUAACGCCAACCCUAGACGGUGUCGCAUCGGAGCAGUACAGAAAGCUGGUUACCAACCAGAUCGUUCCUCUUAAAGAGCAAAGCAUUGCAUUGCUUAUCCCUCGCCUUCAUCGCGGCCUGCAGCACAACCCCAUCACUAUGAAAGUUUGGUUUGACGACAAAUUCUCUUACCAGAUCAACAAGUCCCUUCAGCCGUCUCCGUCUCAGCGCGCCGCCACUUGGGAUGUGAAGGAAACUUCCUUCAAAAUUGUUGCCGAUGAUGUUGCCGAUCCCCCUGGUUCUAUCGCUUUCGAGAUUCUUGCGUUACUGUUCCCAGACUUUGUCAAGGGCACUUUCCCCAAGGACAAGAAACGUAUCGGCGGCAUCGAUUCUCUCCAGAACAUCACGGCAGUAACCAUUUGGAGAUUCCUUCAUCUUCGUGGAUACGUGGAUGAUACGCAUACCCUCACCAACUGGGGCAAUGCCGUUGCUAGCGCAAUCUGGGCAAUGAAGGACUCACUUAAGGAGUUGCAGGUCCCCGAGGGCCUCAACAUUUUUGAGGCUAUCUUGACUGCGUUCGAGCUUAUCAGACACGACGUGCUCAAUUCGCGCCACCGACACGAGGAACUCAAUGGCGCCCCAAUGGCUGGCAGCGACGAUGAUAAGGCGAGUAUCCUUCUCAUUAGUCGUUGCGCCACGCUAUUGAAGCUUCGCCACGAAUCCAACGGAUAUACCGGCCCUCUCAACAAGAAUCUUCUGCUGUUCCGGUCACUUUCUACUGCAGUCCGUGAGGCGGACCGUGAUCUUGUAGAGGCUAUUGUGGCAUCCAUGUUCUUGUAUGCCCAGUCGAAGAGAGAUCGAGACGAUUACCUGCAAAUCAGCCAAGCAUUGCCAUUCCUUCACAACCCCGACAUCGCUCUCGGCAUCGCGGUAAAGACGCUCAUGGACGAGCUUCCUGCCAGCGAGAGCGUGGAGAAGCGCCAGGCCAGAAUCGAGGAUUUCCCUGGGAAGUUCUUCCCUUUUGCCACCAACUUCAAGGAUGAUGUGCAAUUGGCGUUUGCAUUCUUUGAGGCUAUCCACAAGGGUGUGCAAACGCUCAACAAGGAGGUCUCAGCAACCGACAAGGCUGUGUGGUCAACAGCAAGCAAGUAUCUGGAUCAGAGACGGUUCUAG